CUCACGCCUCCCCGUCUCUCGAGAAAACCGCUCCCUUCUCUUUGUCGAGAGGCGCCAUCUCUCCAGUCCCCUUUGUGAUCACCACUCUAGCCGAAGAUGGGGGAGGACGAUGCAGAGGCAGCAAUGUUGAUCGAGCCCAUCUUGACCGCACCGGCCACGCUGGACGGCAACUCGGCCGCCGACCACAGGGCGCCCGGCCUCGUCCCCAGGAUCCUCACCCUCUUCAAGUCCGUCCGCCCCGGCUCCGACCUCACCAAGUUCCAGCUUCCCCCUAUAUUCAACAUGCCAAAAUCUCAGCUCCAGUCAUAUGGGGAGUGUGUAUACUGCAUCGGGCAGGAUCUUAUUGGCAAGUGUGUUGAAGGAAAGAACGCCUUGGAGAGAUUCACUGCAGUGGUUGCCUGGUGCAUCUCUACUACUAGGCCGGUUAUGUUUGGCAUGGCUCCUUUCAACCCAAUACUUGGAGAAACUCAUCAUGUUUCCAGGGGAGACCUCAAUGUCUUGCUUGAGCAGAUCUCGCAUCAUCCACCAGUGUCAGCCCUUCAUGCAACAGACGAGAAGAGAGGCAUUGAAUUGAUCUGGUGUCAUACUCCUCUCCCAAGGUUCACGGGGGCUGCAGUUGAAGGUGCAAUCCAGGGGAAAAGGAAGCUAAACUUGUGGAAUUAUAGUGAGAAUUAUGAGAUGAACUGUCCCAAACUCAUGAUCAGGUUUCUGCCGGUUCCGGUGGUGGAAUGGGUUGGAAAUAUAACAGUUCGAUGCCCAGAUUCUGGCUUGGAAGCCACUCUGAGUUUCAAAGGGCAGUCGUUUUUGGGCUUUGGAGGGAACAGAGCUGUCAAAGGAAAAAUUAUUGAUUCAUUGACAAGGAAUCUGAUCUAUGAGCUAGACGGCCACUGGGAUAGGGUGAUAACCAAGAAGGAAGUAGACACUGGCAAAGUCUCUACUUUGUAUGAUGCAAGAGAAACUUUAGCUGCAAUGAAAACUCCCAUGCUCAAGGAUGCUAAGGGGUUGCAGCCAACAGAAUCAUGUUUGGUCUGGUCAGAAGUGAGCAAAGGGAUAUUGGCGAACGACUGGGAGGGGGCUAGAGAGGCCAAGAGGAGGAUUGAGGAGAGGGAGAGAAGGUUGCAGGGAGAAAGAACGGCUAAAGGGAUCUCAUGGUCGCCCAAGUACUUCAACGUAGUGAAGACCAAGGACAAUGAGUGGGAUUGCUUUCCAAAGCGACCCCUAGUUGCUGCUGCACCUAUUGUAGUCUCACCAUGAUCAUUUCAAUGAAAAGUUAUCAAUAAAAUCAG